UUUUUUAUUUAUCUUUUUAAUUUGUAUAUAUUUAAUAAAAUUUAUAGUUAAAUAAAAUAUAAUUGAUUUAAAAUUAAGUGAUUUUAUAAUUAAAAUAAAUUGAAUAUAAAUAAAAUAAAAGAUUACUAUAAUAUAUUGAAAUUUGUCCAUAAAAUUACAAAAGACAUUGCAGCUGGGUGGUGGAGUCGUUCUCGUUGCAUUCUAAACUCCAGGGUUCGAAACCCAUGGUGGCCAUUUUGGAAAAAUUUUCAAAAUUCAUAAGCCAUGACACUUGGCAAGACAUGGAGCAUAUGGAGUACGGUGGAACGCAGGUGCGCCGAUGCGUCAUAAGUUUCCCUUCAACUGCCACCCACACGGUUCGGUCCGGUUCGGUUUUCACCGGUUCAUUCCGGAUUUGACCGGUUCAUACCGGUUCUUUGCCUUGAACAGUCCUAAACUUGGACCGGACCGGUAUGAGGUCCGGUUCACCGGUUUUCCGGUCGAACCGGCCAGUCCGGUCCGGUUUUGACAACUAUGCCUGAGAUACCUGUGACAAAAAAUUAAUAUAAAUUAAAACAAAAUUAAUUUAUUUAUUUUAAUUAAAUUAAAUAAUUAAUAUAAUUAAUUGGUUAUAUUUAUAAUUAAUAUAGUUAAAUAAAAUAUUAAAUUAGUUGAUCUUUAUCUCAAUCAAAUUAAAUAAACGAUUAAUAAUAAUAGAUUCUAACAACUGACAAAGCAAAUCGACGCACUAAAAUAGGGAUUUUGUUUCGCUGCCUAUAUAUAUACAUAGACUAGAGAAUCAACUAUGCAUCAUCAUUGAUUAGUUUCACAAAAUGAUGACAAGGAAAAGGAAAUCACUCUCCAACUCUGCUCCCGACGAGGCUGCCGCCGCCGCCCCUGACGCCAACGAUGGUGAAAAAGCAACGUCCGCUCCGGUGAUCACUCCUGAAUUCAGGCUUGCAAAUCACUUGCUACUCUCCAAAAAAAGCGGCGGUUACAAGAACGUUGCUUUUUCGCCUUUGUGCAUCAAACUCCUUCUUAGCAUAGUCGCCGCCGGAUCCAACGGCGCGAUUUGUGACGAACUCCUCUCGUUUCUCCGAUCAGAAUCCAUCAACGAUCUCAACUCUGUGGCAACUCAGCUCUUGUCCUCCGUGCUUGUCGACCCUUCUUCGAGUGGCGGACCUCUCCUCUCUUACGCGAAUGGUGUUUGGGUUGACAAAAACCUAUCUCUAAAGCUUUCCUUCUCACAAAUUUUGGAGAAUAUUUACAAAUCCACCUUAACUUCACUUGAUUUCACAAACAAGGGUGAAGUAGCGAAGGAGAUUAACUCAUGGGCUGAAAGAGAGACCAAAGGCGUUAUUAACAACAUCAUUGAUCCUGAUUCAAUCCAAUUGAAGGACGUGAUCAUGGCUAACACACUCUACUUCAAAGGAUUAUGGAGAGACAGCGGCACCUUCAGAAAAAUGGAUACACGGGAUGGUGACUUUCAUCUCUUAGAUGGGGGUGGCUCAGUGAAGGUUCCCUUCAUGGAUGGAAGUCACCACUAUUACGCCAUUGCUCAUCAUUAUCAAGAUUUCAAAGUCCUAAGUCUUAAUUACAGGGAAGCCAGAGAAAAUGUCCCCAAAAGGAGGUAUACCAUGCACAUUUUUCUUCCUGAUGAAAUCAACGGCUUGCCGGCUUUGGUCCAAAAGGUGUGUACUGAAUCUGAAUCUCUUGCAAAGAUGCUCCCGAGCGAUCAUAAAAUAUUAGGCAUGUUAAAGAUCCCAAGAUUUAAGUUAUCUUUCAAGGUUGAGGCUUCUCCAAUGUUAAAGGAGAUGGGUUUGGUGUUACCAUUCAUGGAAGGAGCUUUCACUGAAAUUGUGGAAGAGAGAGCUGCGUAUAUUUCCGACAUUAUCCAGAAAUGCAUCAUUGAAGUGAACGAAGAAGGGACUAAAGCUGUUGCAGCUGCAAGGGCGCAAUUACCUACGACUUCAUCAGGAAGAACAACGAAGAAGCCUCCUCCUCGUUUUAACUUUAUUGCAGACCAUCCAUUCUUGUUUCUGAUCAGAGAAAAGUAUACUGGAACUGUUCUCUUUGUUGGUCAAGUGCUCAAUCCUCUUGAUGGUUGAUGCCAUUGGUUAUCAAUAUACCAAAAAACUCAAGUUACUAGGUUGCUGAUUUAUUAAGCGAAGAUGAGUUAUUGGUCGAACUGUAUGAUAUGAAGACGAAUAUUGUUCGUUAAGGAGUGAAUUUUUGUUCGAUGCAAAUGCUUAAUUGACUAGCUUAUUGGUAUUUAUUUAAAUAGGCUAAUUUGAAUCCAUU